GCUCUCCAUCACUAGUUGAACAUCUCCCCUGCCCGGCCAGCAUCCUCCAUCCACCAGACUAUACAAGAUGUCACAGCUUCAGCUCCUGGGACUCUUCAGCCUUGUCCUGCACCUGCUGUGCCCCUGUUUGGGGAAUCCGUUUACUGACCGCUGUGUUGACAAGACCUUCUGCACUAACAGCUUAGAGGAGUACCAUGCUCAACUUAUAAACCUGCCAAACAGAAUCAACGAGCGCAGCGUGGCACCAUGGAACUAUGUUGAGAAAGUUGACUUAGACAGAAUGCCGCAAGUCAUCUUUGAAGCAGAGUGUCUUUCCAGCCACUCAUGCAGGGGAGUGGACAGCGCUUUCAGUCUAGAGAGCAUCCCCAUCACUCUGAAAAUGCCAGUGCUUCGCAGAAACCCACGAUGCGCAACAUUCUCCCUAGAGUUUGAGCCAAUCAAUAUAGCCUGCAUAUGUGCAACCUCCAGAAAUGGCUAAGUGGUUUAAGUGUACUUAAAAUAUCAUGAUGCCUUUAAUGCCAAACCCAUGAACGCAUACUUUCUUCUGUAACAGAUCUCUCCAAUAUUUUCUUUUGUUCCUUUCAAAUGUAUACUGAUGCAUUUGGUUGUUUAUUUAACAUGGUCAGUGCACAUUAUUGAGCAUCUGUAUAUGCCAGUUCGUACCACUUCUCAUCACAAUACUUCACUUGCAAUUACAGUAAUAAUGCAUUCAUCAUAGCCAUGUCUACAACGGAGCCUUUAGUGUCAACUCUUGAAGCUUGC